AUGAGACUGUUGAUCUUUGCGCUAUUUGCAUGGCUGUGCCACUGCACACAGCUGGUCAACCUGGUGCUGGAGCUCGACGAAGACCAGGACCAGCGCGCGUUUGUCGACAGGUACCGUCCGUUGCUUUCUGAGUCGUACAAAUGCUUUGAGCUCGGGAAAAUAAAGCUGUGCCACGGCGCCUUCAACCUCAACUUCGUCAAGUCCGCGUACUUCGACAAGGCCGUCAAGCGGAUCAGUCUGGACCGCAGCGUGCAGAUCUCCGAUGUCGAGGAGUUUGCGCCCAAACACCUGGUGCGCAUAUCCCAGCUGGGCACCGUCAACCGCCGCCAGCUGAUGGACUACACUUACGAGCCCGGCGCAGGCUCCAACGUGAGCGCGUACGUUGUCGACACGGGCAUCAAGAUAGACCAUCCAGACUUCAGCGCCAGAGCAAGACUGGGCGCCAGUUUGGUGCAGGACAAUCUGUACGGCGACCCCAACGGCCACGGCACGGCGGUUGCGGGAGUGAUUGGCUCUGAGACGUUUGGUGUCAGCAAGCAGUGUGUUCUGGUGGACUAUCGAGUUUUCAACGAGAGCGGCACGGGCCAGUUGUCGACGGUGCUGGAGGCCUUGAAGCUCAUUCACGACCACGAGACGCCUGGCGUCGUGCUGCUGGCGAUGGUCACCGAGCGCAACGAGAUCUUCCACUCUGCGCUCUCGCAGCUCGCAGACCGCGGUUUCGCGAUAGUGUCCGCCGCGGGAAACUUCAACAGCAGCGCGUGUCUCUAUUCUCCAGCAGCGUUCGAGUCAGGGCUCACCGUUGGGUCCAUAGAGACGCACGGCGACAACCUCGGUUUUUUCACAAACUGGGGCGACUGCGUCGACGUGUUUGGCGACGGCAUCAACGUGGCCACGCUGUCGCCGAUGGCCGAGCGGGUGACGCAAAAAUCGGGCACCUCGAUGUCCGCCGCGAUAGCAGCAGGCCUUGUGGCAACGUACAUGUCGAUGAACGAUACCAGCGUCGAGGCUCUUGCGAAAGUGCGCAAUCUGGCAGAAACAGGGAGCAUCCCGUCGCACAACUUUCUGUACCGGUCAGGAACGCCGAACCGGAUCCUCAACAAUUAUGGCGGAAAACUGGGCCAGAUCCUGAAUAGCUAG